GUAAAGGUAAACAUAUAUUACAAGAAGCUCAGGUUGACAUUAUUCCAUUGCAAAUCUGUAAUAGCUACGAUUGGUAUGGAGGCACAGUAUCCCUGAAAAUGGUUUGUGCUGGCUCUGAAAGUGGACAUGUUGAUAGUUGCCAGGGAGAUAGUGGUGGACCUCUGGUAUGCUAUUUAUCAGAUUCUAAAUACUACUUUGUAGGAAUCACCAGCUAUGAAUGCGGAAUAAGGCCUGCUAUAUCAGAAAUACCAGGGAGUCGGAUUGUAGGUGGACAUGAAUCUGAGGAGGGGGCAUGGCCAUGGCAAGUUAGCCUUCAAACAUAUAACCAUGGUGGAGGAUUUUUGCAUUUAUGUGGUGGAACUUUAAUUAAUAACCGCACAGUAUUGUCAGCUGCACACUGCUGUAUAAGAAAAGCGAAUCCAGAGAUGUGGAGGGCUGUGAUUGGUUUGCAUCAUCUUUUCAGACAUAAAACAUACACUAUAAAAAGACGCGUAAAAGCCAUUGAUAUCCAUUUUUUCUAUAACUCAGCAAGAUAUGAAGAAGAUAUUGCUAUGUUUCAUCUAAGCAAAUCUAUCACAUUUAAUAACUAUGUUCAGCCCGCCUGCUUGCCUAAUGUUACUCUUGCCUUGACUUCUGAUAUGAAAUGUUUUAUAAGUGGGUGGGGAAUGAAAAAAGAAAAAGGCAAAGGCAGCCUCACAUUGCAAGAAGCUCAGCUAAAAAUAUUUUCACUAGAUACGUGCAAUCAAUAUGACUGGCAUGCAGGAACAAUACCAGAUACUGCUUUCUGUGCCGGAUCUGAAACUGGAGAUGUUGAUACCUGUCAGGGAGAUAGUGGUGGACCUCUGGUAUGCUAUUUAUCAGAUUCUAAAUACUACGUGGUAGGAAUCACCAGCUAUGGUAUUGGCUGCGGCCGACCAAAAUUUCCAGGAGUUUACACUAAUUUGCCUAAGUACAUGUUCUGGUCCAAAACCCGGACAUUUCGCGUGUCGGCGAAGCCCGUCCGAGGCUCCAACAAGCUGUUACGGGAGUGCGCGCGAACCACUUCCCUAAGCCUGGUUCAACCGCCUCGCCGGCUCCUUGCAGCCUCCGCUGCAGACGAAAGUAGUGGUUCCAAAUAUAGAGAAACGGACAUCCGUGAGAAUUUGCGUUAG